CCUAGCAGUCUAGAACCCGGGGUAUCUCUGGACUUCCCGCGCCUUAUUUCCAAGCGAAUUCCGAAUUUCCCUCAAGCCGUUUGUUUUCACUUCCCACCCGUUCGCCUCUCCAUCUAUUCCCGGUAUUUCCAGCGCGCCAGACCCAACCAAACGGCCAAAACGCAAGAAAUCAAGCUUAGUUACUGACCGAAACGAACGGCCUUUGCACCUUUAUUCCCGGCGCCGUUGUCUCAUUCGGCCUCGGCCUUUCUUCAAUCGUCAAUUCAACAUCAGUCGCUCGGGUCAUACUACAGCAUUCCCUCCCUGUGUCCCGACGCGGGAAGCAUGGCGUUAUCUCAAGUCGGUGCGACGGCCGACCACAGACACGCGUCGGGGCCGUUCGCAGCAGCAGCAGCACCGCCGCCGCCGCCGCCGACGAUGCCGAAUCUGGCCGGUCGCAGUAUCUUCUCGUCGUCCGAGGAGUUAACGAUUAAGAUUGAGCCUGGUGAUGGCCGUGUGGACCCGGACUAUGGAGGUAGAGGUAGUAGCAGCAGCAGCAGCGCUACCGCAACGAAGGAGCACGCCAGGAAGAAGCAGAAGCGCAAUAAGCCUACGCUAUCUUGUUUGGAGUGUGUUGAGCGCAAGACGAAAUGUGACAGAGGGAGACCGCAUUGUCUUGCUUGCAUAAAACGACAAACCGAUUGCCGCUAUGCCCACGUCGCCAAUCUACUCGAAGAGACGACUCGGUCCGCCACAAACGGUCGCAGGAUGACCAAGCCGCCAAAGAAGCGGUUAUCAACUGGGCCGACUGAGGCCAAGUCACCUGCAGCCAGUGUCGCAGACCGAGCCAUUCUUACCUGCCGUGCCGCCUCUCGGGGGUCCAUUGCCCUUUCAACCGGACUUCUCUCCCACGUCCCCUACUCCCUACCCACGGCCUCCAAUGUUUUUGGCAUAGGGGCUGAGCAUCCAUUUGCCAACUACUGGACUUGCCAAGGAGGACUGCCCGAGGUGAACGACGUGCUGCCAGACAAGCUCCAAGCCGACGUUCUGGUGAACCAGUACUUUGAGUGCGUCGACCCGGUUUAUCCCAUGAUCCACCGCCAAACCUUCUUCGCCGACUACGAGCACUUCUGGUCACUGCCGAGGGAGGACAAGGAUCGUACCGAUGCUUCUCUGGUUGCCUUGAUUUUCGUCAUGUUGGCUUUGGGCACCCAGUUCGUCACGACGGCGGAGCCAAAUAAUGCAAAACGGGGUGCAGAGUUCUACGCCUCGGCCUCGAAUCAAUCCUUACGGGUCGGCUCGUAUCUGAGCUCGGCCUCCGUAAGGUCUUUGCAGGCCAUGGUGCUGAUUGUUUACUUUCUCAUUAAUGACAACCAUGCCUCGGAUGGGUGGGCAUUCGCUGGCAUCCUCAUCAGGCAAGCCUAUGCUAUGGGUUUGCAUCGAGAUCCAAAUAUCGUGGCUCCUCAUGCCAGCAUCUUUGAGAAACAGCAACGGCGCAAAUUGUGGCAAGCCGUGCUUCUACAGGACACCUUCAUGGUCGUCCUGCUUUCCCUACCGCCGAGCGCAACCCAUACCGACGUAAAUGUCGACGACCUAACGGACGACUCGUCAAGCAUAGCUUGUUCCGACCCCACCGACAUGGCGUACAUCCGCGGGUCGUGGACGCUCGCCAACUUAGUCCAAGAAACCAUCUGCAGCCCGCGCUCCCUCGAUAUGCCCAUCUGCUCCACCCAGCGCCAAAAAUCAAAGCUCAUCGCCGACUUCCGCGCCGUCUACCGCUCCUUCCCGGACAUCUUCCGGUCUUGGGACACGGACAGUCUGACGCAACUAGCGGCUAACAACAAGCGUGUCGUCCGGCAGACGUUGUUUCUCACGAGCAAUUAUUAUCAUAACUUGAUGCUGGUACAUGCGUCUGAGAGCGCGGAUGUGCCGAUCAAUAUCAGGGGUGCGCUGGAGGCGGCGCAUGAGGCUAUAAGUGCCUUCUUCAUGCUGAACAUGUUAUUUGAGCACGAGGCGAGGGUUUGGUGGGUAUUUAAUCACAGGGCGUUCCUAGAGGCGCUGUGUAUUGGGAGUAUAUUGCGCGAGGCGCUCAAGGAGGCUCCUGAGGGGGAGUAUGAUAGGUUUGACCGGGAUCCAGUUUUGGCGAGGGCGAAGAAGGACAUUGCGAAAAUGAUUCAGAUCCUGAGGGUCAUGGGCGAAGGCGAACAAGGGUCUGAGGUCGCGAGGACGAGGGUCACGGUGUUGAGCGAGUUCCUAUGAUUCUAUGGCACGGAGGGUGUUGGGGUGUAUAUAAUAAUGAUGUACAUCCGUGGGGAUGGCUUCAUGUGGCAUAAUGUGUGUGAAUGGUGACUUAAGGUGAGUUGGGUGUCUCGAGAAAGUAAGGUCCACAUACUAGACUCGGGGAUGUUUACAAACUAGCGACCGCAACUAGCAUAGAGGUUCUGAGAUAUUAACGUACCCCACAAGCAAGUUAGCCACUUUGUCUUGACACCGUACGAAUAACUUCAAUAACUUGACUAUAAUAAAAAAUCAAUUCAAAC